ACACAGAAGAAAAUUCAAAUGAUGGCAGCCAGCCGUCAAAAAGACGACGUAUGGGCUCAGGGGACAGUUCUCGAAGUUGUGAAACUUCUAGUCAAGAUCUUGGCUUUAGCUACUUCCCUGCUGAAAAUCUGAUAGAAUACAAAUGGCCACCGGAUGAAACAGGAGAAUAUUAUAUGCUUCAGGAGCAAGUCAGCGAAUACUUGGGCGUGACCUCCUUUAAACGAAAGUAUCCAGGAGAUUUAGAGAGACGGGAUCUAUCUCACAAGGAGAAACUCUACCUCAGAGAACUAAAUGUCAUCACAGAGACUCAGUGUACAUUAGGUUUAACAGCUUUGCGCAGUGAUGAAGUAAUUGACCUGAUGAUUAAAGAGUACCCUGCCAAACAUGCUGAGUAUUCUGUUAUACUGCAAGAAAAAGAACGUCAGCGAAUAACAGAUCAUUAUAAAGAAUACUCACAAAUGCAGCAGCAGAACACACAGAAAGUAGAAGCCAGUAAAGUUCCAGAAUAUAUUAAGAAAGCUGCCAAGAAAGCUGCAGAGUUUAACAGCAAUCUGAACCGGGAACGAAUGGAAGAAAGAAGAGCCUAUUUUGAUUUACAGACACAUAUUAUCCAGGUGCCUCAAGGAAAAUACAAAAUCUUACCUACUGAGAGAACAAAGGUUAGUCCCUAUCCUGUGGCUCUCAUACCAGGCCAGUUCCAGGAGUACUACAAAAGAUACUCCCCAGAUGAACUUCGUUAUUUGCCAUUAAACACAGCCCUUUAUGAACCACCUUUGGAUCCAGAACUGCCUGCACUGGACAGUGAUGGAGAUUCGGAUGAUGCAGAAGAUGGUAGAGGUGAUGACAAACGGAAAACCAAAGGCAAUUCGGACAAUUCAUCUGGCAAUGUAUCUGAAGGGGAUUGCGUCACUGACAACCAGGAGGAUACUUUUCAGGGAAGACAAAAAACAAGAGACAAAAGUGCUACUCCAAGAAAAGAUGGUUCCAAACGUUCUGUACUGUCCAAAUCAGUUCCUGGGUACAAGCCAAAGGUCAUUCCAAAUGCUAUAUGUGGAAUUUGUCUGAAGGGUAAGGAGUCCAACAAGAAAGGAAGGACUGAAGCACUUAUUCACUGCUCCCAAUGCGACAAUAGCGGCCACCCUUCUUGCCUUGAUAUGACUCCGGACCUUGUUGCCAUGAUUAAGACUUACCCUUGGCAAUGUAUGGAGUGUAAAACAUGCAUUAUAUGUGGACAGCCUCAUCAUGAAGAAGAAAUGAUGUUCUGUGAUGUAUGUGACCGUGGUUAUCACACCUUUUGUGUGGGGCUUGGUGCUAUUCCUUCAGGUCACUGGAUUUGUGACUGUUGUCAAAAAGACACCCCAGUACCCAGGAGAGGAGGAAGAAGGGGGAAAAACAGCAAAGAGGGAUAAAAAAACCCAAACAGUUUGCCUUCCAAUACUGUUAACUGCAUAAAUUAAAGCGAUACAUUUGGUGCUAUUUAACCAGUCACUCUGUAAAAGGAACAAUACCACUUUUUAAAAACCAAAUAAAAGUUUAAUUUUGACUAUA